GCGUAUACUUAAGGCAUUUUAGCAAAUACGUUUGCCAACGUUUGCAUUUUUGAUGAAUUCCGGCUAGACUUCGCGGCUUUUUGGCGGGUUUAAGAUUUCGUCGGUAUUUUACGUGUUACGUUAGAAAUUUAACAAAACGUGAGGAUGGGAGAUAAAGACGAAACAUUUGACGAUGCUGUGGAGGAACGAGUUAUCAAUGAAGAAUAUAAAAUAUGGAAAAAAAAUACUCCCUUUUUGUAUGAUCUAGUGAUGACACAUGCUUUAGAAUGGCCAUCUUUAACUGCUCAGUGGUUGCCUGACGUAACCAGACCAGAGGGAAAAGAUUACUCUGUACACCGACUUAUUCUGGGUACACAUACAUCGGAUGAACAGAAUCAUUUACUUAUUGCUAGUGUUCAAUUGCCAAAUGAGGAUGCUCAAUUUGACGCGUCUCACUAUGAUAAUGAGAAGGGUGAGUUUGGAGGAUUCGGUUCUGUUAGUGGAAAAAUAGAGAUUGAAAUAAAGAUAAAUCACGAGGGAGAAGUAAACAGGGCACGAUACAUGCCACAAAAUCCUUGUGUCAUAGCAACUAAAACACCAUCUAGUGAUGUUCUUGUUUUUGACUAUACAAAACAUCCCAGUAAACCAGAUCCAAAUGGCGAAUGUCAGCCUGAUCUAAGAUUAAGAGGACAUCAAAAGGAAGGUUACGGCCUCUCGUGGAAUCCAAAUCUCAAUGGGUACUUGCUCAGUGCAUCCGAUGAUCAUACCAUCUGUUUGUGGGAUAUUAAUGCACCACCUAAGGAAAAUCGUGUUAUAGAUGCGAAAACGAUCUUUACCGGGCACACGGCUGUUGUUGAAGAUGUAGCUUGGCAUCUGUUGCAUGAAUCCUUAUUCGGAUCUGUCGCGGAUGAUCAAAAAUUAAUGAUUUGGGACACGAGGUGUAACAAUACUAGCAAGCCAAGUCACACGGUCGACGCUCACACUGCUGAAGUUAAUUGUUUAAGUUUCAAUCCCUACUCUGAAUUUAUCCUUGCGACCGGUAGUGCUGAUAAAACGGUAGCGCUCUGGGAUUUGAGGAACCUUAAGCUAAAACUGCAUUCUUUUGAAUCUCAUAAAGACGAGAUCUUCCAAGUCCAGUGGUCGCCGCAUAACGAAACGAUAUUAGCCAGUAGCGGUACAGACAGGCGUCUACAUGUGUGGGAUCUUAGUAAAAUUGGCGAGGAACAGUCCAGCGAGGAUGCUGAAGAUGGUCCACCUGAGUUACUGUUCAUACAUGGCGGCCACACUGCGAAGAUCAGUGACUUUUCAUGGAAUCCGAACGAACCAUGGGUCAAAUGUUCAGUGUCAGAGGACAAUAUAAUGCAAGUGUGGCAAAUGGCAGAAAACAUUUACAACGACGAAGAACCGGAUACGCCAGCCAGCGAACUAGAAGCCGGUGCUUCAUAAACCGUGAGAUAUAAUAAAGAAUUAAAUUAUUUGAUAUUGACAUUUUCUACCAACAUAAACGCGUCCGUGCGCUAAAUCAACGAUCCGAUCUAGUAUAAGGAAGACGUUAAAUCGAAAAGAUCAUCAAGAAGCAAUAAUGCCUAUUUUUACUACCAAUCUGAAAGUCCAUUUGGCAAGUUAUAUACACAUUUCCACGAUCGAUUAAACGAGCGUCGAAUAUCCGUGUUUAUUGUUUUAAGACUUAAUCGAUGCUUAUACUACUUUGAUCCCUGUAAGGUUAUGAUACACAUUAUGUACAAAACUAUAGGAAAAUCAGUUUUUCCUUGCGUCCUGUGAUGUAAUUUCCUACGUUUGUAUAACCUUACGACCUACGUUGGAUUAAUCCCUACCAAUCGCAACUAUUACUAAGUUUAUUUGAAAAGAAGAAUUUCAUAUGAAGAUAGUUUGGUGAUCGAAAGAUCAAUUUUAUCCGAAUCUAACCUAAUACUGUUCGAUAGUGAAAUGCUACAGUGAGAUAUUAUUUUCUUGUUCAAAAUGAUAACAAAAGAUUGAUAUACACACGCAUCGUCCC